GAGAAGCUUCGAAGUCGAAUGCCUGCUCUCGCUGCACUGGCGAUCAUUGUCUGAUUUCAGGCGGCUUCGCACUCCUGCGAGGCGAUUGUGUGCUGCCCGGAUCGUGAGUUCUCCAAUUGCGCAAGGCCAUCGCGGUCCUGGUCCUUGUAAUGAUGUUGUCAUGAGUUGAGUCGAUUUUUUUCGUGCGAAUUUUCUGUUUGGAGGAGCGAGACGUCUUUCUCACGCAGCCCUGGCUGAUCAGAUAUUUGGGCUAGCACAUGCCCACUUCGGAGACCGAUUUUUUGACUGCGGGACAGGCGAGAGGGCAGGCUGCUCAGUACUGCAUCGAUCGAACUGAAAGUCCGCUUCUACUUCCCCGUCGGCGGAGAUUGAGCUCGCCUUGGAAGAGUUUUUUCGAUUUUGUGGUGGAGUUGGCUUUGGACAGGAGGAUACUUUGGUGGACAGGAGAAGUUUAUUUCAGAAGCUAAGGAGUUUAUUUGGAAUCAUCGAAGUACCAUAUUGAACAGCCCGACUCACUCACUAGGACUGUAGUUGGUGUUUUCUUGAAUUGACGCAGUGAGACUAUUGAAAGCCCCGUGCAUCCAUUAGGGUUCGUUCGGAGUGGACGUCAGCUGCGAAGGGUACAUAUGCAGUGUUGCACAAUUUCCACGCUCGAAACUGUUCUUCAUUCUGAGGCCGCGAAAUUGCUCGAGAUAGCAGGACUGCAAAAUUACCCAGGACAGGGGGACCUUGAAUGGCGGAAUGCGCCCUCAACUGGCACUUAUUGACAAUCGCCGGUGGAUUUACCUGUUGGGUCUAAUAUUCAUGUAGGAAACAUCCGCAGGUCUAAGCUGGUCAGUGUUGGCUAUUUAUUACAGUUUUUUCGGUGGCCGUGGACCUUCUUAGGAACCACGUUUGAACGGUUGGCCGAAAGCUCCUUGCCACGCAGUUGAAUGAGAGACCUCUGUCUGGCCGAUGUUGGAUAAAUUUUGAAGAUUACUGGAGGUUUAGUAUACUGAUUCGCUCUUCGAUUUAGAGCUGAUCGUUGAAUUUCUAACGAAGAUUUGCACCAUGAGUGCUGUUAACGUUACGAACGUCACGGUUUUGGACAAUCCACAAAUGUUUAUCAACCCGCUCCAGUUUGAAAUCUCCUACGAGUGUCUGACGCCCUUGGAAGACGAUCUUGAGUGGAAGCUCACCUACGUUGGGUCUGCCGAAGAUGAGAAAUAUGAUCAAGUUCUCGAUAGUGUUCUCGUUGGUCCGAUCAGCAUCGGAAAGUACCGAUUUAUUUUUCAGGCUGAUCCGCCCAAGCCCGAAAAAAUCCCAGAAGAGGAUAUCAUUGGGGUAACCGUGCUUCUCUUGACCUGCUCAUAUAUGGGUCAAGAGUUUUUGAGAGUCGGGUACUACGUGAGCAACGAUUACAUUGACGAGCAAUUGCGUGAGGAGCCUCCUGCGAAAGUGAUUAUUGACAAAGUUCAACGAAACAUUUUGUCGGAAAAUCCGAGGGUAACAAAAUUUCCAAUAGUAUUUAAUCCCACACCUGCACCCGCAGCUCCCCUUCCACCUCUCGUCGAAUCGAACGUUCCCAUGAUUCAGUAGUCACAAAGGAGUGUUUUAUCAGAGAGUUUUUGUUCUUCGUCAGGUUUCAUAGCUCGGAGUAGACAAAUUAGGAAACCCUUUUUCAAACAACUGUCGAGGGUUAGGGAAGAGUUCGGUAUCAUAGACCUGUCGUCAAACGACGAGAGAAUACACGUGACUUCAUGCUUUCCAGCGAAUGACUCUGUUCAUCGAGUGAGAUGUCGGUACAUUUAUAUAGCUCGCUGGGACUAUCGAGUUCCCCUCUGUAAGAACCAGAAUGAAUCUCAGGCCUUGAGCUGGAGCUCGCUGGAGAUAUGAUCAGUUAGCAUUUAUCAAGUUUCUGACAGGACCCAGUCUUCAGACAUCUCAAUGUUAAGUUCGACCUAGAUAUUCUAGCCGGACUCGCGAAGAGAGGCAACGACGCGCUCUGUAUUCAGGAGCCAUGUAAACACCAAUAUCCAGUGUCACCUGUAAUUUCGGGAAUGAAAAACGCGUCAGCGACAAAGCGGAGGUGUCAGGCAUGUUUCAUCUGUCAAAGCCGCGCGUCCGAGGGCAAGAAUCAGCAUUGUUAACGCUGUUAAUCAUGCAGGCAGCACUCAGCUCCUUGCUCUCUGAGAGAGAUGAUUUGGAUUGAGGUUUAUACAUACGCACCCCCGCUCUGAGACAUUUCGAAUGCACAAUCAUUUCUUCUUUCUACUUUGGAGGUAUUUUGGUCUCGUGUGAACAUUGGAAACCUCUGAAUACAUGAUUGCCCCCUUCAGUAUGCGGUGCGGGUUCCCUUUCUUUAUAAUGAAGAUCAAACCGAACUGCCUCAGAGUAGUUUCGGUAGGUUUGGUGCCGUACCUGCAGGGCUUUUUUUGGCGAAUGGAUAGUAAUUUUCAUGAAUUGUGAGGAGGAAGAGAUGUGUAGUUGGCUUUCCAAUUUAACUUGCGUCUUGCUUGAUAACUCCUGUGACUGUCGGCCCAUCCUACCAUGGCACCCUACAGCAAUUAUUUUUAUCGUGCCUCUCAACAUUCCAAUGUAUCACUUCUGAGCUAAUGCACACAAACAUUCGCCAAUUAUUUAUCUUCGCCGAAGGGGUUAAAGCACUAUAAUUCCCACAAGAAGCUAGAAUUUGCAUUGGUUAGUGCGUAUUUAUAGAACUGGAGAUUGGCGUGUAAAACAAUUUAUGCUAUAGGUUAAAAGCAGGGGAUAGCUUUUGUCCUCUAGCAUGGUGCACCAAGUUGAACCAAAUGUAUCGAUCAAGCUGAAAGCAAGGGAUAAGAUGUCAACUUGUGUUCUUAUCCCCUAGUUUCAUGCAAUUCCAAAACAGCACAGUGAUGAAGACGAUUGGAAAACUUUUUACUCGCAUCUUUGCGGAGAUGAUUUAAAUAAUUUAUUGUAUC